ACCGCUGUAUAGUUGUGUGCAGGCUCAGAUGUGAGAAUGAUAUCAAAACGAAGUAGAAAAAUUCCUGUCAAACUGUUCCAAAAAAUACGCAAUUUUCUCUCAUAAAAUAUGAUAACUCUCUCCAAGAAGAUCAAGGAAGAGAAAGAGAAGAAGGGUAAAGGCCUUAGUACCAAUGAAUCACGCAAAGGACAGCGAAUUUCUGUCCGAGACGCUCUUCUAAUCAAAGAAGCUCAAGAAAUGGAAGAAUAUUUACCAGCAACCUGUAAAGUUGAUUUUAAAAACCCAAAUAUCCUAUGUGACUUUCAUUUAACAGUAGUUCCAGAUGAAGGAUUUUGGAAAGAUGGAAUAUUUAUUUUUCAUAUAGUUGUUCCUGAAGAAUAUAAUAUUAAGCCACCAACAGUAACUUGCAAGACAAAGAUCUGGCAUCCAAAUAUAAGUGAAUCAGGAGAAGUUUGUCUAAGUCUAUUGCGACAACAUACRUUAGAUGGCUCAGGAUGGGCGCCAACAAGAAAAUUAAAGGAUGUUGUAUGGGGUCUAAAUUCUUUGUUUACAGAUUUAUUAAAUUUUGAUGAUCCAUUAAAUGUAGAAGCAUCACAACAGUUUGAAAAAAAUAAGGAUUCCUUUAAACAACGAGUGGAGGAAUAUAUCAGAAUGUUUGCAAGUCCAGGAAGAUAGCAAUAGAAGCCACUUAAUUAUAUAUUAAUAUUAAAACUAAAAAGGAAAUUUUAAUACUGUACAUUAUAAAUGCUAAAUAUGGCAAAACAAAUGUUUCAUUUCCGUUAAACAUUUUUCGAAGAAAAAAUUAAAUUAACCCAAGGUUCUUUUUGCUGUACAAAAAAAUUUUUCCAACCAAUUUUUAAUCAAAAAAACUCAGGUGCAGAUCUAGGAGAAGUUUGUCAAUGUUCAUAAAUCCAUUUAUAUUCCCUUUUCAGAAAUUCCUCCAAAAAAGUAGUGUUUUUGAGWAUGUAAGAUUUGCAUUCAUUUUAUGGAUGAAGCUAAUCCACCCACCCACCUACCCCAUCCCUUCACCCAAUUGAAUCUUCUAGAUCUGCCCUUAAUUUGAAUCUGCUAAGUUAUUAAAAUAAAAUGGGGGGGACCUAGCUGUAUUCGAUUUGUAGAGCAAAACUAUAUCCAUUAAUUAGUAUUAAUUUGUAUUASAGUGAUUUUACUUGGCCCAGGAGAAAACAUAGUUGUAGUAGACACUAAAGGUGCUGACACAUUGCACACAACAUUGCAAGAUACAAACUUGAAUUGGGGUGACACACAUUGCAACAAGAUCACGCAACAUGGCUUGUGUCAGCCUGCUAUGUUAAGAUAUUUGGUCAGCAGGUAUAAAUUUGGUGCAAGCUGAUUGGCUGGAAAUUUUAAAAUGUUGCAGGUAAUGUUGAUGCCAUGUUCACAUGAUGAAAUUUGUUGCACACAAUGUUGCAAAAGUAGAGCGCAUUUGAACUUCAGAUUUGUUGCAACRUUGCGUGAAACAAGUUUGGCGUAGACACGCUGCAACAGUCCUGUUGCAUGCAAUGUUGAGUGUAAUGUUGCACCAUGUAUCAGCACCUUAAUUCUUUUUUUUUUUCUGUUAGUCCUAACCAUACAACUUUGUUUCACUAACCAAGUAAAUUCACUCCAAAUAGCACUGAAACUUACUUCACAUGCAGCCACAUAGCAUUAGUAAUAAUUCAGUAAUAUUCAAAAUAAUACUGUUUCAUGGAUAAAUAGUGUUUGCACAGUCUAUAAUCUGAGAACAAAAAUAGAGUUUUUUAAGUGGACUGAUUAACAAAUAAUUAUCUGGUAAAUUUGUAUGCAAGGCUAUGCACAUUACACUGUCUCAUGAACGAGUAAACAUUUUAAAAUUUUUUCAGAUGAACCAUUUCCUGYACCACCCUUCCUCCAACAAAAAAUGAAUGGUGGAGUAACAAAAUUUUCAUGAAAUUUUGGUUGCCAGAUUCUGUUACAUGCAUAAACACUUAGCUAAAGUACUCAACACUCACACUUUAAUAAUUAAGAAAAGCUGCAAUUAGCUGUAUAAUUUAUCUUGGAUCAAAAGUUACAUUUGUAUAAUAAAGAAAGUACAUUUAUAAAGAUA